CCCUGGCUGGGCAGCGGGCGACGCUGGUGUGGUGGUGGCGGCCCUUGAACAAGUGAGCGAGCGAGUCGUGGAGACCUCCUCCGCUGGGGACGGGAGGUCGGCGAGCCCCGGGACCUCCAUAAGUCUAAGUCCUGAGGAGGCGUGAGGGUGAGGCGCCAUUGGCUCACAGAGGGGAAACUGAGGCCGACGGGGGGCGGACCUCUCCUCACCAAGCGUCUCCAUAUAGGCAUCAUGGCCGAGCCCCUAAAGGAGGAAGACGGCGAGGACGGCUCUGGGGAGCCCCCCGGGCCAGUGAAGGCAGAACCCGUCCAUACCUCUGCCUCUGUUGCGGCCAAGAACCUAGCUCUGCUCAAAGCCCGCUCCUUUGAUGUGACCUUUGACGUGGGGGAUGAGUACGAGAUCAUCGAGACCAUAGGCAAUGGAGCCUACGGGGUGGUGUCCUCUGCUCGCCGCCGCCUCACGGGCCAGCAGGUGGCCAUCAAGAAGAUCCCGAAUGCUUUUGAUGUGGUAACCAAUGCCAAACGGACCCUCAGGGAGCUGAAGAUCCUCAAACACUUCAAACAUGACAAUAUCAUUGCUAUCAAGGACAUCCUGAGGCCCACUGUACCCUAUGGAGAAUUCAAAUCUGUCUAUGUGGUCCUGGACCUGAUGGAGAGCGACCUGCACCAGAUCAUCCACUCCUCACAGCCACUUACACUGGAGCAUGUGCGCUACUUCCUGUACCAGCUGCUGCGGGGCCUUAAGUACAUGCACUCAGCUCAGGUCAUCCACCGUGACCUCAAGCCCUCUAACCUGUUGGUGAAUGAGAACUGUGAGCUCAAGAUUGGUGACUUUGGUAUGGCCCGUGGCCUGUGUACCUCCCCUGCUGAACACCAGUACUUCAUGACUGAGUAUGUGGCUACUCGCUGGUACCGGGCCCCUGAGCUCAUGCUGUCCCUGCAUGAGUACACACAGGCUAUCGACCUCUGGUCUGUGGGCUGUAUCUUUGGCGAGAUGCUUGCCCGGCGCCAGCUCUUCCCAGGCAAAAACUACGUGCACCAGCUUCAACUGAUUAUGAUGGUGUUGGGUACCCCAUCGCCAACUGUGAUUCAAGCUGUCGGGGCUGAAAGGGUGCGGGCCUAUAUCCAGAGCCUGCCACCACGCCAGCCUGUGCCUUGGGAGACAGUGUACCCAGGUGCUGACCGCCAGGCUCUUUCACUGCUGGGUCGCAUGCUGCGUUUCGAACCCAGUGCUCGCAUCUCAGCAGCUGCUGCUCUUCGCCAUCCUUUCCUGGCCAAGUACCAUGACCCUGAUGAUGAGCCUGAUUGUGCCCCACCCUUUGACUUUGCCUUUGACCGUGAAGCCCUUACCCGGGAACGCAUUAAGGAGGCCAUUGUGGCAGAGAUUGAGGACUUCCAUGCACGAAGGGAAGGCAUCCGCCAACAGAUCCGCUUCCAGCCUUCCUUGCAGCCUGUGGCCAGUGAGCCUGGCUGUCCAGAUGUUGAGAUGCCCAGUCCCUGGGCUCCCAGUGGGGACUGUGCCAUGGAGUCACCCCCACCAGCCCCACCACCAUGCCCUGGCCGUGCACCUGAUACCAUUGAUCUGACCCUGCAGCCACCUCCACCAGCCAGUGAGCCUGCCCCACCGAAGAAAGAGGGCGCCAUCUCAGACAAUACCAAGGCAGCCCUCAAAGCUGCCCUGCUCAAGUCCUUGCGGAGCCGGCUGAAAGAUGGCCCUAGUGCACCCUUGGAGGCUCCUGAGCCACGGAAGCCAGUGACGGCCCAGGAGCGACAGCGAGAACGUGAGGAGAAGCGGCGGAGACGGCAAGAGAGAGCCAAGGAGCGGGAAAAGCGGCGGCAAGAGCGGGAGCGAAAGGAGCGAGGGGCUGGGACCUCAGGGGGCCCUUCCACUGACCCCCUGGCUGGACUGGUGCUUAGUGACAAUGAUCGAAGCCUGCUAGAGCGCUGGACUCGCAUGGCCCAGCCCCCUGCUCCAGCCCCAGCCCCAGCCCCAGCAACAAGGCCAUCCCCAGCCCAGCCCACCAGUCCACCCCCUGGCCCCAUAGCCCAGCCCACGGGUCCUCCUCCACAACCUGUAGGCUCCACCACAGGUCCUGCACCCCAGCCUCCCUGCCCACCUCCUUGUCCUGCUUCCCAUCCUGCUGGCCCUCCGGGACCCAUACCUAUUCCUGCUGCACUCCAGACUGCCACCUCCAGUAGCCUUCUGGCCCCCCAGUCACUUGUGCCACCCCCUGGGUUGCCUGGCUCUAGUGCUCCAGGAGUUCUGCCUUACUUCUCAUCUGGCCCACCACCUCUAGACCCUGGGGGGGGACCUCAGCCUUCUACAUCAGAAUCACCCGAUGUCAACUUGGUGACCCAGCAGCUGUCUAAGUCCCAGGUGGAGGACCCCCUGCCCCCUGUGUUCUCAGGCACUCCAAAGGGCAGUGGGGCUGGCUAUGGUGUUGGCUUUGACCUGGAGGAAUUCUUAAACCAAUCUUUCGACAUGGGCGUGGCUGACGGGCCACAGGAUGGCCAGGCAGACUCUGCCUCCCUCUCAGCUUCUCUCCUUGCUGACUGGCUUGAGGGCCAUGGCAUGAACCCUGCUGAUAUCGAAUCCCUGCAGCGUGAAAUUCAGAUGGACUCCCCGAUGCUUCUGGCUGACCUGCCUGACCUCCAGGAGCCCUAAGGCCCAUAGCCUUUGCCUUGCCACCAGCUCCGGGACCCAGAUUCAGGGCCCAUGGGAGCAGGUGAGGCUCAGCUUGGAUUAUUUUGUAGGUUCAUCUCAGACCCACCCUUCAGCCUUAAGCAGCCACCUGAGCCAUCACCGAGCCAUGACAGGAUUGGGAGACCCCUACUCCACCCAGCAAUCCUUUUCAGUAUGGUAUUUUUAUUAUUGUAAUAUUAUUACACAGUCUUUUUGACAUCAAAAUGAGGCCUGUGAAAUACAAGGUUCCUUUUAA